AUAUAUGCAACGAACGUCGAGGGUAGCAACACACGUUCGUACUGGUAUGCUGUACCGGUACACCGUACACGGAAUUUCUAGCAUAAUUUACUAUUUAGAAUUGACAUGAUCUGAUUCCAUUUUAUACAUUCAGAAAGAAUUCUGAAAAGACUUAAAUAUGGCAACAGCAGGUGCUAUAGGACCAGACAGUUUCAAGUGGGAAUCAUUACCUCCUAUGCCUACUAAACGGGUGUACUCCUCAGCUGUAGAGUGCAAUGGUAAACUAUACGUGAUUGGUGGAGUGAGCAUGCAUGGUAAUCCUAUGGAUGCCUUUGAGAUGUAUGAUCCUGAGAAGAAGAAAUGGAACAAUAGGUUACCUAACUUACCCAACAAGAGAGGACAACCAGCAUUAGCUGUUGUAGGUAAUAAGAUAGUAGUACUUGGUGGAGUAGCAGGAGGGAAGGAAGCAUCGGAUGCAGUGGAUGUCUUUGAUACAUCAUCUAAGAAAUGGAUCAUGGGGAUGAAGACACUUGGAGAAAAGAUACAGAACAUUUCAACAGUUGUUCAUAAUGGAAAAGUUAUAACAAUUGGAGGCAUGAAAGCAAACACCUCUGCCUUGCAGAUGUGCAGAGUCUUAAACAUUGAAGAGAACUUAUGGCUAGAGCUACCUGAUAUGCCAACCCCUAGGUACGGAGCAGCUGCACAUAUUAAGGGAGAUAUCAUUUAUGUUCUAGGAGGGAGAAAUGGAAAGCACCCUGUCCAGUGUUUGGAGGUACUGGACUUGAAGCAGUCUAAGUGGACCAAACUAAAGCCCAUUACCAAGCCUAGGGUUUUCUGCUCAUAUAUCAUGACCGAUGAGAAGUUCUAUUGUAUAGGUGGUCUUCAAUCUGAUGGAAAGGACUUCCAUGAUGAUACAGAGGAAUAUGAUGUGGAAAAUGAUGAAUGGACAGACAUAGAUUCCAUGCCACAUGUUAGAGGGGACUUUUGUGCCGGGAUUGUAGCAGGCAAGAUUAUUGUUGUUGGAGGCAUGAGUCGCAAAGCCUUACCGUUGACUGAAGCAGAGUUCCUAGAUGAUGAUAAGACAUGGAAACCCAUAGCAGACUGUCCUAUAUCUAGAGGAUCAGGUACAAGUACAUUAUUCCAAGACAAGCUAGCAAUCAUUGGUGGCUUCACACCUGAUGGGGUAUCUAAUGCAGUAGAUUUAAUAGGCAUAGGGUCAACAUCAGAGUAUGUAGAAACCUCUGAAGCCUCUAGGGGGCAGGCUAGGAGAGGUAAAGGUAAAAGGAGAUGAAACUUGCCAAUACUAUCUUUGUAAGCUGUCUGAAUUGUGAAUUAUUAGAUUUAUGAAUAGAGAUCAUGAAUUUUGACAUUUUUCUAAUCAGGUUUUCAUUCAAUACAGGAAAAUUGUGGUUGAUCGGGAUCCUGUCACUUAAAGCUUAGUGAUUGAUCAUGGAGCCGAUAUCUGUGAUUCAUUAUUUUGUAUGCUGAGCUUUAUUGUUAAUGAAAAUCUCUAAUGAGUGAUAUUAAUUACAUACUGUACUAGAUUGCCUGACUGGCAGAAGGGUACUUACUCAAACAUGUCUUAAAACUCUCUCAUAGACUAUCAUUGUCCAGCAGGGCUAGUUGUUAUCCUUCUAUUGCUGAAUGAAGACUUCUCUAGUAUUAUCUAUGCAAGUUUUAGUUUAUACAAUAGAUGAAUUGAUGAGUGAUUAUUAUUUUUUUUUUGAUGAAAAUAGCAUAAACAACCCUAGUGUGUUGGCUCAGUUGGUAGAGCGUCCGUCUCACAACUGGGAGGUCUGGAGUUCAAACCCCGGCCACGUCAGACCAAAAGACGUUAAAAGAUGGAAGUAGCUGAUAGCAUGAUUGGCAUUCAAUGAUUAAAGGGAUAUAGCCUUGUCGAUCUAGCGCAGCACAGCGGCUGCCGGGCCCAUGAUCUGUUGGGCAAAGCAAAUUUUCGGAGUAUUUCAUUUCAUGUCUAUUUCAAACAAUGAAAUAUGAAAAAAAAAAUUUAGUCUAUUCGAGACCACAUAAUUGAUGAGAAAUUCCCUCAGAACUCACAACAUCUUUGUCAGAGAAACUCAUACAUAAUUGGUAUUGUGGGUAAUAAAAUGAUUUCAAUUUUCAGGUGAUGAAAUAUUUAUUCAGAAAAGAUAUACUUUGUGUUUUUAUAUAUAUUGAAAAUGUGAAGUUAUAUUAAGUAAUUUUAUCAAUUCAGCAUCAUUGGUAAUUUUGUGGUUUCUGACUUGAUCAAAGGUUUGUAGGUUUUGAAUCCCCUCUUUGUGGGGUACCUUGCAUGAUUCAUUCCUUAGAUGUAAUAAGCACUGUGUCUGAAGGAUGCCUUCUGCCUUCUAUAGAAUAUUGUUAAGGUAAUGAGUCUUAUUGCCAGUUAUCAUUAUUUUUAUCAAUAGUAGAAUUAGUAGGUACAGUGAUUUUUCAUUUUAAAACUGCUUCUACCAUUUAUGAAAACCUGUAAUUUCAAACCUGAUCUAAAAUGGAAAGUCCAUUUUUCCAGGUAGAAAAUGCACACAGCAAAAACAUGCAUUCCAGUUUUUCAAAAGCAAAUCAGAGUGCUUAUACCAAUAAACAGAAAAUCACUCUCCCCAAAGUAGUAGUAUUCAUUAUUAUUGUUAUCAUUAUUAUCAUGAAAUCUAUUAUUACUUGAGUUGUUUAUUAGGUUGUUUUUUUUACACAGUUUAUAUAGGUUGUGUUUUAGGUUGUUGUUUUUUUACACAUUUGAAACAAAACUUGGUAUUGAUCUAUUUAUUUAUUUAUAUAUGUAUAUGUCUUUGUAUAUCCUGCAGGAUGUAAAUAUUUCUCUACUUUGUUUUUAUAAUAAUGAUAAAAUACAAUCUAUUCCAACUGCUCCAGAUUUAUCAAGUCCACCCCCAAAAAAAUGUUGCAAUAAGAACAUCAAAAGUGCCAUUACACUUGGAAACAGCCUUGCCAGAAAUUCUGAAAUGCAUGAGACUGUCAUCAUUUCUUGUUCACUCCUAUGACCUUAGGGAAGGAAUUAGAAUUAAAAUUCUUACCCUUUUCAUAAUCAUUUACUUUUCUGUUUGUAUAUAGACCUUUACCUCCAGAUAUAAUCUAUAGCGGGCAACAUUUAUCAAGUGUGUUUUUGACAUUUGUGACCAACUCUUUUCCAGGUUCAUUGUGAGAGAGUACAAUAGAAACAAAGGAAAAGUAAGCAUGGUACCUAAAAAAUAAAGAAUUAAAUUUCACAAAUAGAAGGGGUUUAAUCCACUCUUGAUAAAAGCCUGUUGUCUUCCAACCUGUAAUUGUUCUGUUUUACCCUUAAUUGAUGCUGUAUCACAUUGUAUUGAUAAUUGAAUGAAGAACUCUCGACUUUGAAAACAAGAGAGCUAAAAAGUGGUACUAGUAUAUUUCUCUUGUUUUAUAUAUACAAGCCUGUGUACAUAUACAGUGAAAACUUUCUAAAGUGACCACUCACCCAAGGGAAACACAAAAUGUGGCCUUUAAAGAGGUUUGACUGAUUAUAUUAUCUGUAUUUGUAUGAUAUUAUACAUUACAUCAUAUUUAUUCACUUUUUGGGGUUUUGUAAAGACAUUUGAUAUGGUGUCAUCUUAAAUGAUUCACUCAGGGGUGGGGGUGGUGCUCAGAUAGAAGAGAGUACUUUCAUAGCAUGAUACCAGUAAAGAAGUACUAUGGCUGAAUUUUCUAAUACCCUUUUCUUACGUGCAACAUUUUCUUUGACCCUUAACUAUAGGUAGGGCUUUAGUCCAGAGUUAAGUUUAUUCCACUUUACAUUUUCACAUCAUUUUUUCAAAGUGGGCUAACCCCACCCUGUGAUAUAAUGAGACUAUCUGGCAUUGCAAAAUAUGGUUAGCCAGGCAAUUGUGUUAAGGGGGUAUCUCACAGAAUCCUUGCAAACAUUUCAAAUUUGAGAUUUUGCCAGGGUUCUAUAAGAUUGCGAAAGGUUUGUAAAACAUCGUAAGAAAGUUUGUAAACAGUUUUCAUUGUUGCAAACAAUUUUUCUUGUCGCUAAAGAAUUUAUGAACAUGUUCGAAUUCUAUUUGGAAAUCUAUUUUCGUUUUUUAACAUUUGCUACUAUUUGCAAAACAAUCAUUAGCCUUUGCAAACAGUUGUAAAACAGUGUUGCUGAAAUUCAUUUUGAUUCAGCAAUGAUUGGGGUUGGGCUCAAAUACUUUCUUCAAUGACGAUUACGUAAUUGAAGAAAUGUUCAGUUACAAUUACUUUUGUCAAUUACAAUUUCAAUUACUUUUUAUGAAGUCAUAUUGAAAUCAAUUUAUAUUUUGUAUGUAGUGUCACCCAUUUCAACAUAAAUUUUUCUAAGUUAGAGAGAGACUGACAACAUGAAGGUUUAUUAGUUUAGAGAGCACUGAUCCUGCCUGUUGCUCUGUUUAAUGUUAAAGUCGAUCGACAUUCUCAAUAAAGUGUAGAUCUGCAUGCUUUCUUUUGUAGAAAUCAUGAUGUACAACAUGUAAACUUGACUUGUAAGUCGAGCAGAUCCAGCUUUCGCCUAUAGGGGAGGGGGGAGGGCAGGAAAAAAGUAUUUUCAUCCACGCUUUCCCCAAUCACCCACUUAAAGCUGAUUUUGUUUUAAGGGGGGUAUUCCAAAUUUAAGUACAUGUAUAAAGAUUUUAAUAAACAUCUUACGUAUAUCCGUACAAACAAAUGAGGCAACUGCAUGAGUUCAUAAGAAAUGUAACUUUGAAAAAUUACAUAGUCUGAUUUCUUUUUGGAACCUGUGAUCUUUUGCAAAAUUUCUCAAAUUUUUUAAAUGGUCACUCUUUGCACUUCUUUAUAGCAAUAGUGUCUCCUCUUUCCUCCACAUCAUGGGAAAGGAUACAGUUGCAUGCAAGAGAUAUAUAGAUAUGGAAAAGAGAAAUAAGCAAUCAAGAGUAAAUUAAAUUAUAAAGUUAGUAAUAAAGUAAUCUAAUUGAAGUCAAUUACAAUUUUUUUAUUACUUUUCCUUUAGAAAUUUCAUUUACAAAUUACAAUUACAAUUGUAGAGUUCCAGUUACACAAUAUUUAGGAGGCUUGAGAGACACGUGUGUAUAGUUUGACUUCUUUAUUUGAACUAAAUUCAUUUGUACAAUUAACUUUAAUUUUAGCAUGGAUAGAGAGAGUAGUACAGAGUACUUCAUCUCAUUGGAAUGUGUGGUUACCCGAGUCAUCAUCUUGUGAUGUCUCACACAAAGGAGUUUCACAGAAAUUAUCUUAAGUCCUUCCACUUUAGUAUUACUAUGAUUUCCCAAUCAUAACAACAAUUACUUGAAAAAAAUGUAAUUAAUUACGUAAUUGAUGAAUUACUUUAUAAUUGAGCCCAACCCUGCCAAUGAUAGAGUCCAAAUUACCACAUGGCUCCUGAAUGAAAUUGACUCACUGAUAAAACAUGUGUAUCAAAUGUUUGUGAACUUUUUUCCCCCAUUUUGAAGCAGUUCGCCAACAGAUUUUAAUAAUGCAAACAAAAAUUCCUAAGAGUUUGCAACACUUGUCAGAAGAGUUGGUGAAUCCAUAAUUUACAACGUUCGUAAGUAUUUAUUUGCUGCUCAGUGAGAUACCUCCUUCAGCAAGAAAGUCCUUGGUUGAAUAAGAGUCAUUGUGAGAAAAAUACCCUGUCAAACAAAGAACGUUGCUCCAUACAUGCCGAGGCAUCCACAGCUUGCAUCCAGUCAGUGAUAAGUGCUCAUAAAUGACUACCACUAGUCUGGGAUCAAUGAAUUUGUGUGAAAAAAACAAGUAUUUCCUAAACCAGGGUUAGGUAGAAAAAUUGGUCAGAGCGAGCAGGAAAAUUACAGGACAGGGUUAAGGAUAAUCCAGGAUUAAGAAAGUGUGAGAAAAGGGUCAAAGGUGACUUUAAAUGAACCGUCCAGGGUUCAGCAUGAUAUGUACUAUCCUUGAGUGUUAUAGGGGUUCUUUUUUAAUAAAAGUCCAUAUUUGCAUCAAAAAAACAA